AUGACGCUCAACCUCAAUGAAUUCGACGUCCUAGUGUUUGAUAUUGAAGGAACCGUUUGUCCCAUCUCCUUUGUCAAGGACGUUCUCUUUCCGUAUGCACUCGAGGCACUUCCCAAGGUGUUAGAUCGAGAGUGGGAUAGCCCAGAGUUCGCAAAGUACCGCGAUGCCUUCCCCGAGGAGUAUCGCAACUCGCGCUCUGACUUUGAAGCGCACGUCCGCGACCUCGUGAAGCGUGAUGUCAAGAUCGCCUAUCUCAAGUCGCUCCAGGGUUACCUGUGGCUGCAAGGCUACAAGUCGGGUAACAUCGUGGCGCCCCUCUUCCCAGAUGUUGAGCCCUUCUUCAACGAGGCCACCCAAGCUGGAAAGAAGAUCAUCAUCUACUCAUCCGGCUCAGUCCCUGCGCAGAAGUUGCUCUUUUCACAUACCAACUCCAGGAAGUCAGAUAUGACGCCUCUUAUCGCAGACUACUUUGAUACCACUAAUGCGGGGCCCAAAACCGAAGUUGAUAGCUACGCGAAGAUCAUUUCUGAGCACCCGGAGCACAAGGACGUCGACCGAUGGCUUUUCCUGAGCGACAAUAUCAACGAGGUCAAAGCUGCUGUUGAGGCUGGUAUGCGCAGUGUGCCCGUUGUUCGUCCUGGUAAUGCGCCCUUGCCGCCAGACGAACUUCUGUCCAAGCUCGCCAUUACCGAGUUCAAGCACUCAGAGGUCGCUUCUUUGGGAGUAUGA